AUUUUUUUUAUUUUUAUCGAUUGAUUGAUUGGUGAAUUACAGCUCAUUCAGAUAGAUUCUUGGCAUAGAAUGAUAAGACGAAAUGUCUGUUGUUUUUCCUUUUUAUUGUGCUUAAAGACAAAAUGUAAAAAUAUUGUUUCAAAGGAAUAUUUUCGUUCCUAUUAUAGUCGUUCUAUUGCUCAUCGCUCUUGGACUUUGACCAUGAUUCCUCCCACCGUGAAUGAGGUUACUUCUGCUCUUGCUGGAGGUACUGUUGGAGUUAUGGGAACUUUGUUGGUAUUAGAAGUUAUCAGACAAAGAAUUGAGGAGAUGCGGCAGUGUCCCUAUUGCAGAGGUCUUCGAAAGUUGCCUUGUGGACUCUGUUACGGCAUGGGCUUUAUUCCUGAUGUAAGUUGUUUGUAUUGCAAGUCAGAUUGUGAAAAUUGUGGAGGUGAAGGCUCGGUACUAUGUUGUCAUUGUGAUGGAAGUGGACGUUACUUACCUGUGGAAUAUGAAAGAGCACUAUUUUGGCAAGGUGAAGAGGAGUGGAAUCAUACACCGCCUUAUCUUUGAUAUAUUUCAGGCAAGUUAUUUUCUUUACAAUCCAUAGCAUUGUCGUUCUUUACUGGAUGAACAUUUAUUUGUUCAACUAUGACUUGCCGAGAGAAAAUAUUCCUCCACUUUCUUUCCAUUGCUUCAUGAAACGUUAUA